GCCAAAGCGCCCAAGCUACGAAACGCCAACUCGUCAAGAACCCCAGUUGUUGCCCGGCCGCGCAGCCAUGAGGUGGGGACUUAGAAGCAGCUGUAAGCAACGGCACAAGGAAUCCCUGCAACCACUGGAGCAAGAGAGCAAGGGGAAGAGCAAGGCCAGCUUCUCGUCCUUCUUGCCCCUGGCAUGGCUUGCCAAGCUCACGGCCAGGAACGGCGUGCCCGCUACCAAGGUCGUGCAUGCGACGUCGUCCGCGGCGAAGAACACGGCUCAGGCCGCCACCGCAUUCCCGUCCUGCUUCCACAAGCCCGCCAGCCCCAGCACCGCGUCGGCGUCGCGAAGCAGCCUGAGCCUGGCCUCUUCGUCAUCAUCCGCCGCCGACGCAGAGGCAGCCGGCAUUGUCCCUUGCCGUCGCGACGACGCUACCGGCGGGGACACGGUGGCAGGCAUCGCCCCGCGCCGCCGCUCGGUGGGCAACGAUGACGCCAGGACCGAGGCCGCGACCGCGACCGCGCGGCAGCUGUACCACAGUCGUCGCCACUACUCGGUCGGUGGCGACCGCGACCUUCCUCACCUCGGCCACCUCGUCUCCCUCUCCCCGAACCCGAAGGCGGCGCCGCCGACACCGGCGCCGGUGCGGACGCUGACGCCGACGCUGCCCCCACUGCCUUCCGAUUCCGACACGGACGAGGAGAAGCGGACGACGGCACGGAACCGCCGGCGCCGGCGCCGGCGCGCCGUCAGCGGGCGGCGGUCGUUCUCCUCGGCGAAGGCCACGGUGCGUGUGCGCUCGCCUAGGCCGCCUGCCGCGGCGGUGUCGGAGCUGGAGCGGUUCGCGGUGGUGCGGCGGACGCGGGACCCGCAUCGCGCGUUCCGGGCGUCCAUGGUGGAGAUGAUCGCGAGCAAGCGCAUGGUGGGGCGUCCCGACGAGCUGGAGACGCUGCUGGCGUGCUACCUGUCGCUCAACGCCGACGAGCACCACGACUGCAUCGUCAAGGUCUUCCGGCAGGUCUGGUUCGAGCUCAACAACGCCUCCCGUGCCACUGCCACCGCCCCGCCGCAGCGCACUGCGCACCUGAGCGGCUGAGCCUGCUGGCUGCUGCCGUGCUACCAGACCACCAACCGGCUCGGAAUCCGCACCGCACCCCUGCGGGCGUCGGCAUCCAUCAUGGCGUGUCCGGAGCCGACGUGGACGCUGAUUUCCACGCGUUAUUUUUCUGGGCCUACGUGCCGACGUGGCCUUUUCACGCGUGGCCGCGGAAAAGCUGUGGCCUGUUGCUGUGAGGGCGUACCCGCCCUCGCUUUUGAGGUGCUCUGUUGUUUGCGGGCGUGCGCGCACUGCAGUAUUGCGUGCUUCUUGAGUCUUGAGUAUUGUGUGUUUGUCAGCCCAGCUUCAGGUAGUGAAAUGCAUGAAAGGGACAAAAAUAACGCUACUCGUUUCAUGCACUUGGAACCGUAUGCUCCAGUCCUGUAAUUUGGCGGCAUGUAUCGCAUGCAAAAGAUUCCAAGAUCUCCAGUUUCUAGAGUUC